UCCCCUCAUACUCACCUCUCUCUCUAAAUUCGAAAUUUAGGGCUCCCUAUACCUCUCUCGCAACCUCGAACAGCGAUCACCUCUCGUCUCCUCUCCUCUUCCUAGGGUUCGCGGAGGUGUGGGGGGGGAGAGAGAGAGAGAGAGAGAGAGAGAGAGGGGUUCGUUGAAGGUGCGAUCUCGGAGGGGAGGAGGAGGGGAAUGGCGGAGGAAACCAAGCGAGGCGGAGGCGCGGUGGCGGCGAUCCUCCGGGGAUCCUCCGACGACCGGAAACCGGCGACGGCGACGGCGAUGGCUUCGGCGGCGGCGGCGCCAUUGAAGAUCACCUUGAAGAGCGCCGACAUGAAGGAGGAGAUGCGCCAGGAGGUCUUCGACUGUGCCCGCGCCGCGUUCGGAGUGCAUAAAGUGGAGAAGGACAUUGCGGAGUACAUCAAGAAGGAGUUCGACAAGAACCAUGGCCCAACCUGGCACUGCAUUGUCGGCAGGAACUUUGGCUCGUACGUGACGCACGAGACCAAUCACUUCAUCUACUUCUACAUAGACUCAAAAGCUGUCUUGUUAUUCAAAUCUGGGUGACCGUGAAGCUGAUGCUCACACCAAUUCUUCUGAUCUCUCUCUCCCUCCCUCAUGCCGGGCCGCCCUGUGUAUCUUAUUCCCUUUAUGCAUGUACCGUUAGCCGGGAACUGAAGCAGCUAAGUACCGUGGUUAUGUCUCUUAUUUGAGGAAGCAAUGGUUAUAUCUUUCUUGUGAAGUAUGUAUUGUAUUUUAAUCUUUCGCAGUAGCAAUCUUAUAUCAUUUGAACUGCCCGCGAUAACAUCUCCAUUUGGUCUUCACCCCUUUUUUCAAAGGAUUUAUUUCAAAUUUGUAAAAAGAAGAUGUAAUUUGUAGGACGGUAGAAAGUAGAGAUGGUAUAAAGAGCAGAUUACUCA